AUGCCCUCCGAAACUGAGCCCCUUCUCCCGCGCUACGAGGACGACACCUCGCGCCAGCGCCGCCUUCACCAGAAGCUCCACUCCUACCAGAUGCUACGCGCUCUCUCCGAGGGAUACAUGCCAACAACAGAACAAACAAUCGCAAACCUACGCACCCUACUUGCCUCUGACGUCCUCAAUCUUCGAAACCAGGAGAUCGGCUCCCAUGGCCGUCAACUCGUUCGCGACGCACGGCUGUGGUUGACCACCUUUAUCGAGCUGCUACUUGAGAAGAACAAUGAUGACCAGCUACAGGAGUUCCUGUGGCAUGUCGUGCGAUCACGCGUGGAGAUUGAUGGGGAUAAAGUAUCGCAGCAGGCUGCACGUGUGAAGGCGCGUGCGGAUACUAGAGCUGCAUAUGACAGUUUUCGGACCGUGGGGAGUUUGCUGUUGACGAAUGCUGAUUUCAGGCUCUUUGUCGAUGAUGUCGCUACUGUUGGGAAGCAGAUCUUUGCGGAUACGGCCGAGUCGCUUUCUGAGACGUCGAAGCUGGUUGCGGAGCAGGUCAGACCUUCGAAGAAUGAGGAGGAGGCUCUGAUGGGGGCCGGAGCCGAUGAGGGCCGUGAGGUCUCGAGAGAGGAAGUCGUGGAAGAAGUAACCACGGUUGCAGGGGUUGCGGGGGAGGGGAUUGCUCAUACUGGGGAGGAAGCGCUGAAGAGUGCUAAGGAGCAUUUCACUGGUCGGGAGAGGGAUACGCUUCUGUUUCGACUUAAGAAGACUGUUCAGCAAUUGAGGCAGAGGACUGAUUAUUCCGAUUCUGUGUCGACGCUUGCGCAGAUGGUUCAGCGAUAUGCUAUGUUCUAUGCCAAUGCCGCCGAGGACACGGCUUCGACAGCCGGGGAAAAUGUCGAGGCUAAUGCUGAUCUGAAGCAAGCGGUGGACCAGUUCUGGGAUUUACUGCGCAUGUUCGGCAGUGCGAAGGAAUGGGAGGAGCUCCAGAAGAAAUUCCAGAAUGUUAUGCGCCAUGCCAACAAAGAUCCCGAGUUUGAGCAGAUGAUGGGAGAAGUCGGCACAUCUCUGCAGGAUAUGCUCACCGAUCCCGAGUUCUUCGAUUCCGCCCCCGAGAAGCUCGAUGAACUGCAGAAGCAAUCGGAGAAAGUGGGCUCAGAGACCGGGCUCCGCGACGACAUUGUGGAGUUCCUGGCACAGACCAAGCGUACAUUGCGCGCGCUACCUGAGGAUGCUGCUAUUUCCAAGUUGGUCAAUGCUACCAAGAAGCUAUACGAUGAUGCAUGGGGCGCAUACAACGACAAGAGCACCGAUCUCCCAGCCGACUUGGUUAAUGUCUUCCUUCCUGUCGUUCUGCGCAUGAUCCAGUAUGUGCCUAUUCCCCGUCUGGAAGUCGCAGCUCCCGAGAUGGAUCUUCUUCUGGAAAAUUUGAUCCUGGAACCGGGUCAUACUGUCAAUUUCUCUUCAUUCCUUCCGUACCGCAUGCACCUUACCACUCGCAACGACAUCGACAUAGUCAAGAAACACUCUAAACAGACCCAGACGGACAUCAAGACCGUCUUCAGGGUGACAGUCCAAGGUCUGAACAUCAGUGCCCAAGACUUCGGAUACUGGUUGAAGACCCACACUCUUUUCUGGCACAUGAAGGAUGAAGGCAUCGCCAGCUUCUAUCUUGACCGCCGAGGUAUCGACAUCAGCCUGGAGGUAGAGGUCGGUCGCGGCAACCUGGAACAAAUCUUUACACUCCGCAACGUCCGAGUGCGCAUCCACAAGCUCGACUACAAGGUCUCACAGAGCAAGUGGAGGUUCCUCCUCUGGCUCACCAAGCCAUUCCUGAAACAUCUCGUCCGCCGAGUCCUUGAAAAGAAAAUCGCCGAAGAGAUAGUGGGUGCCGCCCACGCCUUGAACCGGGAGCUGAUAUUUGCCCGCGAGCGUCUGCGUGCGACUCGCAUCGCCAAUCCGGAGGACCUGGGGACGUUUGUGCGCGCCGUACUCGCACGAUUGAAGCCCGCCGACACGGACGUGGAAGCUCGGAUCGCUAUUGAGCCUCCAAAGUCUGGAGUCUUCAAGGGUAUUUAUGCGCCCGGUAGCAUUGUCAAGACCUGGCAUGACGAGGCGACCCGAGCUCAGGAGGCGAUUGAGGAUGGAGAUGAAACCCACGGUCUGGGACAUACCUGGCAUAAUGCCAUUUUUGAUGUUGCUGGAGCGUGA